UAGAUCAAUAACACACUCUAUUUAAGCCUAAGAUUUUUUCCAUUUUCUUCAUCAGCCAGUAAUUCUUUGAUUACUCCAACGGGCGAUUGGAUAUGGAUCGUGAAUUCUACAGGGUCUCGGCCUCUCGUAUAACUGUAGUUGCUCAUGUUUUUGGCAUCUUAGCUUUCAUUUUAAUGUUGGUUUGGUUAUUGCAUUAUCGUGGGGGCAUUGAGUAUGAUUCUGACAAUCCUGACCGAGUUUUCAAUGUUCACCCAUUUCUUAUGUACUGUGGAUUCAUUUUUCUAGCUGGUGAAGCAAUGAUGGCAUACAAGACAGUAAUCGCGACACAUCCAGUACAGAAGUUUGUUCACAUGAUGCUUCACUUCUCUGCAAUUGUACUCGGAAUUGUAGGAAUAUGUGCAGUUUUCAGGUUCCACGAUAUGAAGCAUGCGGAGGAUUUGUACAGCUUACACUCCUGGAUCGGCCUAGGCACCUUCAUCGUCUUCGGCUUACAGUGGAUGUUUGGAUUGGCGACAUUCAUGGCUCCAGGAUCUUCAAUGGAAUCAAGAGCAAGAAUGCUACCGUGGCACAUAUGCGGAGGCAGAGCACUCCUGUACAUGGCAACAUGUGCAGCUCUUACUGGAAUGAUGGAAAAAUAUGGAUUUCUUGAUUUAGGACCUGACAGUCGUGAAUCAAGAUUGAUGAACUUCACUGCACUAUUUAUACUCCUCUUUGGCGUCUUUGUCGAUCUUUCUGUUGCUCUUGCGCGUUAUGUGUGAUUGAUGAUGCUCGUUUUGUUCAUACCUUAAUCAUUAAGGUUUUGAUUGGUGUGUAAUUUUCUUUUUUUGAUUGAUUGAUGUGUAAUUGAGAAGGUAUAUGAUUAUUUAACAAGUGUGUAAUUUUAUUUUUUCUGGUUGAUUGAUGUGUAACUGAGAACGUAUAUGAUUAUGUAAUUUGUUGUAUUUUGUUUGA